UACUACUACCCUCCGUACUGUAAGCUAACUUUACUCGUACCCGACGGUACAGAUACGGGCAAUUUCAACCAUCGCCAGUCCCACCAUGAUCCCUCUCUCUACUCACUGAUCGCUGCCCAUGGACUUGUUGUACCUACUGUACUUGUACCGCCCUCAACCACAUUUCACUUUUCUCGCGCACAUGUUCAUCACCAGCAACCAAUCAUCCCCACGGUCCUCUGCAGGUUGCUCUGCAGCUUCCUCUGCGUCCCUCUGACCCUGAGCCUGCCCUGUCCUGUGCUUGACCUCAACAUCCAGGCUUUGCUACAGUAUCACGUCGCCUCUCAGCCCCAUCCCCGUCCCCGUCCCUCGCUGUCCCCUCGCUGUCCAUUCAUCGCGACUACUCGUACGCUCCGUACAGUGCGAUUUUGCCCUUGAGAGGCCCAGCACAAGUCGCAUCCAGCAGCACAGCACAGCACAGCGCAGUACACUCCAAUCUCUGCCUCUACCUCUGGUCCCUGCGAGUCACCUCCGCCACGCUCACGCCGACCUCCUCCCUACAUAUUUAUAUCCAUAUAUCUUCCCCCCGCGCUAUGUCCAACCCCGAUCCCCAAACUCCCACCAGGUCGCGACAACUCAACAGCAGCAACAACCAUGGUGUCUCGGUACCAUCCCCUCAGCAUGAUGAUGCCUACGAUGCUUCGAUAGUGGGUGCUUUAGCACACGGAGGGAACAUCAACGCCACCGCAAACACCCUGGAUUUGAACGAGAAAAGUGCUGGGCAAAACGCUGGAUUCACCUUGUCGUUCCCCGCCAUCGACGAGACUUCGACGUCCACCCUCCACUCCCGCUUCCAGACAAACACAAUUGCGCCGUCCCCGCCUCCCUCUCGUACUUCUAUACUUUCUACAAAAGACGCGAAUCUGACACCCCUCGAUACGACUUCUCAAGGCAGCGGUCCCGAAAGCCAAGGACCCCAAUCGAGCACUUUAAGUGCGGGUCUACGAAUUCAAACCGAUAAUAUACCCAAUUAUACCGUUACAGCAGCGGGUGCGCAAAAUACCACUCGGAGUGUAAGUGCAAGUGAGUCAACAACGAAAGCACAUCUCGGCUCGGCGAACAUUCCUAUAAAACGAACUCCAAGCAUUAAAAAUAUAUUGGCAAGCAGUGUAGGAAGUAACAGCUCUACACCCAACUCGGCCUGGUCAUCGCCUAUGCUCAAUGCCAUGGCAGAUGUUACACCCCUCCCUUCUCCAUUGAUGUCGGGCGAUUCUCCGGGUCCUUGGAAAAAGCUUUCGGCCAUGGGAUCUCGGCCUGUGUCCAGAGAUAUCAUGAUUAGUGCGGAUGCAGCGUUAGUGACGGCGAAUGGCGAGUCGAUAUCAUCGGCUGUGGCGAACCAAAUCAAAAGAAGGGCUUACCAAGGGCUGAUUUCAGGUUCUGGAGAUUCAGAUCUUUCCCAUGCACAGGUGAACCAACAGAAGAAUGCCGAAAGGCAUACGAGAAAUAGGAGUUUGAGCGAGUAUACGCCAGAGGCCAUGCAAGUUCCCAAAGUUCGGCACAUCACAGUGUCUAGUUCCCACGCGCCAAAACUUGAUGGGUCUACGGAUGCCACCGAUAGCACCAUGCGAAGAGAGCCUCAUUUGGCGGUGCAAAGAGGUCUAGCUGGUGCCCCGAGACCUCCAACACCACCCUCAAGUCGUACGGGUGGUGAAAGUAGUGAUAGUGAUUCGUCUUUGUCCAAUGCUCUUCCACGGGUACAGAGGAAACCCCGUUAUGACUACUUCGAAGCCAUUACGCGCCACGAUUCCAAAAGGAGGAGAUGGAGAGGGGUGAAGCUACUAGGUCAAGGCACAUUCAGCAAAGUGGUACUUGCGACCAGCCAACGUCCAGAUGUAGAGGACAGGAUAGAUGAAAACCAGGUAUUUGGUCAAAGAAUGGACGGUAUCAUCGCCCCGCCUCAAGCUGAGCCGAAAAUCGACCGCAAGAAGCUGGUUGCCAUAAAGAUAUGUGAGCAUGGACCUAAAGGUGGAGCUUCCGAGGAACGUGUUGAGAUGUCAUUAAAACGUGAGCUGGAAAUUAUGAAAUCCAUAAAUCAUCCCUCACUUGUACAUCUCACAGCCUUCAGUAUUGAAGAAACCCGCGCCAUUCUGGUCCUGAGUUAUUGUCCAGGAGGGGAUCUGUUUGAAGUUGCAAGUCAACAUCGCGAUGUUCUUGGACCGGGGUUACUAAGAAGAAUGUUGGCCGAGCUGGUAGGAGCGGUGAGGUAUCUGCACGAGAGGCAUAUCGUGCAUCGAGAUAUCAAGCUCGAGAGUAUGUACUUUCAUUAUUCAUGUGAUUGUGUAAUUAACGCUUUGGAUAGAUGUUCUUGUCAAUAUUCCACAUACGGAACUUUCCAAGCCCACCGAUUGGGCCACUUAUCCAUACUCGGUCAUCACCCUGACUGAUCUCGGGCUGUCAAGGCGAGUUGCGGAUGACGAGAAACUCACCACCCGCUGCGGAUCUGAUGACUAUGCUGCACCUGAGGUCAUCAUGGGUCAGCCUUAUGAUGGUCGGGCCACAGACGCUUGGUCCCUGGGUGUAUUGCUCUAUGCGCUACUAGAAGCCAGGCUACCAUUCGAUCCCAAUCCAGCCAUGCCAGAGGGACACAAACAACGAAGUCGAACGAGUCAUCGCAUCGCUCGUGUCGAAUGGCGGUGGAUCGAAUACGCCGGCGAGGAAGGGGAUCACGAAGGCAACCCUGAUCUCUUCAAAGAGAGACAUCUCGAGGGUGCCAUGAGUGUUACCGAGAAUCUCCUGAAGCGAGCGAGGAGUCGAUGGACCAUGGACCAGGUCGCGGAACAUGAGUGGGUGAAGCAGGGGAUUUCGGUGGAGGGUGGCAUCAGAUUCCGGGAAGAGGAGACGCCUGAGGAGGUUUUGUCGUCUGUGUCGGCGUCUACUGCUGUUGCUGGUGUUGCUGAGGGGGUUAUUACGCCGUUAUAG